AUGAAGCUCCUUUACCCAACAUCACUCAAGCUCGACGUUCCGAGCCUCGAGGGCUUCGGCGUCACGCUCCACCCCUAUGACGUCAAAGCCACGAUCCCGGACGACCUCAUCGACGCCGAGGUCCUGGUGGCCUGGACCAACAGCGCCGACAACCUCAAGGACGCCGCCGCGCGCAUGAAGAACCUGCAAUGGAUCCAGUCCCUCGCCGCGGGCCCCAACGACGUGCUGAAUGCCGGCUUCGACCAGUCAAUACGGGUGACCACCGGCUCCGGGCUGCACGACCGCACCGUUGCUGAGCACGCCCUGGGCCUCCUGCUCGCGGCCGCGCGCCGCUUCGACGAGAUGCGCGACUACCAGAGGCAGUCCAAGUGGCCGGGCCACCUGGGCGGCCCGCAGCCCGACCGGCCGCGCGACCGCUUCACCACGCUGCGCGACGCCAACAUCCUGCUCUGGGGUUACGGCAACAUCGCCAAGACGCUUGCGCCGCACCUGACGGCCUGGGGCGCCAAGGUGCGCGGCGUGGCAAGGUCGGCCGGCGUGCGCGACGGCACUGAGGUCUUCGCCGAGGAGUCGCUGGGCGAGCUGCUGCCGCAAGUAGACGCGCUCGUCAUGAUCCUGCCGGGAUCCGAGAGCACGAAGAACGCGCUGAAUGCCGAGCGGCUGAAGCUGCUGCCGAAGCACGCAUGGGUCGUCAACGUGGGGCGCGGCACCUCGGUCGACGAGGAUGCGCUGGUCGCGGCGCUGGAGGGCGGCGAGAUUGGGGGCGCCGCGCUGGACGUGUUUGUGAAGGAGCCGCUGCCGGCGGAGUCGAAGCUGUACAAGGCGCCCAACUGUAUCAUUAGUCCGCAUGCGGCGGGCGGACGGCCGCAGGAUCCGGAGGCGCUGAUCGCGUAUAACCUGCGCCGGUUCUUGGCGAAGCAGGAGCUCAAGAAUCUUAUCUGA